AUGAAAGACUUAGCAAAUCUAUCAUCCGAACAGAGUAUUACUGCUAUUGACGGUAUUCUUCUAGAUAUCAGUUUUCGCAAUCAAUGUCUGUUACCUCGCUACGAGUUGUGCACAUCGUUACUUAAAAAUAGGCCUCAACUAACUGUUGCCUUCGGAACAUAUCUUAGGAAAGCGGAUGAAAUGUUGAACGCAAUGCCAAGUAUUCAAGAAAAAUUGAACCUUUUGCGUGGGAAUUUGAAAGCUGUGAAUCGAUAUAUUGAUGAAUAUGAUAUAUGUUUACGAGAUGAAAAAUUUCGAGAUAUUAAUUGCUCAAGAUUUAUUAUUUUACUGGAGAAAUUACGUCGACAAACAGAGUACCACGAAAUCAAGACGAAUUUUCCUCAGCUUAUUGGAUUGAGUGAAAGAUGGCAGAAAAGCGAUGGUAUUGGCGAUCACUUCGAACCGAAAGUUAUUAAUCUAUUUCAAGCAAUCGACAAUGAUGUGAACAAAAUGUUUGAAAACAAAAAUUUCAUUUAUUUAUUUUCAUAUAGAAUUAGUAUAAUUGGAGAUGGAAGUGUCGGUAAAACUGCAUUAAUGAUGGCGUUGGCUAACAUUGACAAAAAUAUUUUUUCGACAGUUGAUAUUGAUCGAAGUACAUUCAACUAUUUACAAUUUGAUACACGUACUUAUCGACAUCCUCAGAGUAAUAAAAUCGUUCCGAUUACAUUUAUAGACUUACAAGGUGCUACCGAUGUUAAAGAUUCUGAAUCAAUUGGAAGUUAUAUAGAAUUGAUUUCAAUAGCGGAUUGUGAUUUAUAUCUUAUUGCAUUCGACAAACCUUUUAGUAAACAUAAUCGUCGUUGUCAAGAACAUAUCGAGAAUACAUUAAGACGAAAAUAUAUUUUAGGGUAA